CUCGACGGCACGUUCACGUGGAAGGUCGGCGAGAAGGUCCGCGCGGCGCGGUCGCAGAUUCCGCUCGAUCCGUUUACGAGCGGUGCGUACGUGGCCAUGAUGAUGGCGCAGAUCGACGUGCUCUUGGACCACGGCCACUGCUACUCGGAGGUUGCCAACGAGUCGGUGAUCGAGUCGACCGACUCGCUCAACCCGUACAUGCAUGCGCGGGGUGUCGCCUACAUGGUCGACAACUGCUCGACGACCGCGCGUCUCGGGAGCCGCAAGUGGGCGCCGCGCUUCGACUACAUUUUGACCGAACAGGCGUUUGUCCACGUCGACACCAAGGCGCUCGCCGGUCGCGACGCACGCUUGGAGGCCUUCCACGCGCACAACAUCCACAAGGUAUUGGACAAGUGCUUGCAGCUGCGCCCGACCGUCGACAUUGCGGUCGAGUAG